AUGAAAAGAAAGGAGAAAGAAGCUUUAGCUGCUCAGAGAGAAGCCAAGCACGUUUCGAGAGGACGAGAACUUGAUCCUCUGGCAGGAGAACGACAAGCUACGACGGAGAACAUAUUGAUAAGGGAACCGAUAAGGAACUCCAUCCGAGAGUGCAUUCAACAUUCAGUUCGGGCUCAUUGCACUCUAUUGGUAGUGUACCCCUUUUCAGCCCGGGCUCAUUACACUCUAUCGGCUAGAGCCAUGCUGGGUGAUGCUUUUCUCAUCACUUGCCACAUGUUUUUGUCUGGUCUGCAACACAAAAGAACAACGCAAACAGCUUCAAUAUCACUCCUCACAAUCCUCCCCGUACUAACAACCGUAGCUUCAAUCUCCCCUAAUUCAGAAGAUCCAAAAAAUCAACCAAAACCAGAUUACUAA